AUGUGGGUUCUGGAUAAGAUCCGCGGGUCGGUGGAGACCGGCAUGCUGCGGCAGGGAGACAACGGGGACAAGAAAGGCAUGGCCCCGGCUUACAGCAACGUCCUCACUCCAGACAAGAUCCCAGACUUCUUCAUUCCCCCGAAGCUGAUCAGCUGCCCCCCGGAGCCCGAGCUCCCUCACUUGAAAACCAAGGAGGGGCUGCAGCCGUCCACUUCAGAGCACACUAUCGGCAGCGGCAGGAAGAUCAGCAGCCCGAGGAGUCCUCGUCUGGUGGCCAAGAUCGCAGGAGACACCAAGAACUUGCUGAGAUCAGCAAACCGCCACAUCAUCCAGAUAGAGAGCGCUGAUGACGUUGUGGCUGGGGACACCAAUGCAGACCCCCAGUCACAGACAGCUAUGUCCCUGCCUUACGUUCCCAAGACCCAUACAUCGUACGGCUUCGCCACCUUGAAGGAAAGCCCCCACACCCGCCGAAAAGAGUCUCUGUUUCACUGUGAGCUCACCAGUCCCAUCACCUCCCCGAACAUCCAGAGGAAGACCCCGGGGAAAAGCAGUGACUCAGGGAACCACCUGAAUCCAGCCGACUUCAACACCUCUCACAUGAAUCCGUAUCGUUACUUCAGCGGUGGGGAGAGUGACACCUGCUCCUCGGCCGAGUCCUCACCCUUCAGCUCUCCUCUGCUCUCCCGCUCCGCGUCUCUGCUCAAGAUCUUCACGCACGAGACGCAGGCCAAGGUCGUCAAGGCCAAGCGGACGUUCGCUCGCCACAGCUCCCUCUCCACCGACGAGUGCAGCUCGGCCGAGCCCAGCCCCAACAUCCAGCGGCGGCUCCACGUCCCUUCCUUGCACGGCGGCGCCGGAGCAUCCGACCACAGCCUCCAACAGGAGCACACCAUCAACCUGCACAAAGGCGGCACGGUGAGGAUCAUGGCCAACUACGACUCCAGCACGUCGCGCCUGCUGAUCCGCAUCCUGGCGACGGGGAGUCUUUACGACAAGCACUUUGACAUCAAGAGCAUCAACUGCUGCGUGUCUGUCUACCUGAACCCGGGCAAGCUGCAGAAGCAGAGGAGCAACAUCAUCAAGAACAGCCGCAACCCGGUGUUCAACGAGGACUUCUUCUUCGACUCCAUCAGCUCGGUCCAGGUGAAGAACCUGUCGGUGAAAUUCAAGGUGGUGAACAAAGGCACCAGCCUCAAGAGGGACACGCUGCUGGGGGAGCGAGAGGUGGCGCUAACGAAGCUGCUGUCAGGACUUUAG